AUGGGGGAACCCCAAACAACACACGGAACACCUCGGAACCGCGGGACUCCUGAGAUCCACAGAGCUGACAGCCAGCUGCCCCCGUUCGUAAGAGUAAGGGAGAGAGGAGGAUUUACGUACCUGCAGGAGUUGGAGUUUGUGGAGUUCUGUGGGACUUUAACAGAAGAGACCCCGGAAGUGAUCAAUUUCCUACAGAGAAAGUACAGCAAGGCCUUUCCAGAUUAUCUGGCCUCCACGGAGUUCCGCAACGUGCUGGGCCGUUGUCUCACCCGGGUUCAGGGCAAGAAAAGCAAAGUGUUUGUUUACAUCAAUGAGCUCUGUACGGCUCUGAAAGCCAACUCUCAAAAAACCAAACAGGCCUUGGCCAGCAGGGAGAACUCCAAGAAGGCAGUGUCUGAGCCAGGCAGUCCGUCAGCCCAGGAUGGUAAAGAGCCGGGCAUGUGUCCGGCUCAGAGUAACGACCAGUCAGCAGAUCCAGCCUCAAUGUCAGUGUCUCAGUCUGACCCAGCCACGAAGAAGCGGACAGGCAGUGGAUCCCGGCGUCAGAUCCGCUACUUGGAGAACCUCCUGAAGGUCUACGCUGACGAGAUCAAGCGCCUGCAGGAGAAGGAGCUGGACCUGAAGGAGCUGGAGGACGAGGACUCCUCAUACAUCCAGGAGCACCGGCUGAAGAAGAAGAUGGUGAAGAUCUUUGAGAAGCUGUGCGAGCUGAAGAACUGCUCGAGCCUGACGGGCCGGGUCAUCGAGCAGCGCAUUGCUUUCACUGGCACCCGGUACCCCGAGAUCAACCGCAAGAUCGAGAGGUUCAUCAACAAGGAGGAUCACUUCCCCGAUUACCAGGAUGUCCGUAACAUCAUUCAGAAAGUCAGCAUCAAGCACUCACUGGGCCUCAGGCAGAGGCAGAUCCAGAGUAUGGCACAGGACGUGUUCCGAGAGGUGGGCAACCGUCUCCAGGAGCGGCGCCACCUUGACCUGGUGUACAACUUUGGCAGCCACCUCACCGACGAUUAUAAACCAGGGUUCCUGCCUUUCCUCGGGGGACUACUUAGACCAUUCAAUUGUGUUUCAGAUGAGAAAGCAGAAGGCAGUGAUGCUGAGGAGGAGGAGGGAGAGGAGGAGGACCAGGGCUCGGUUGAAUCGGCCCAGUCUUCGGAAGACGAGGACAGUGAAGAGGAUGCAGAGUCUGCAGAAGGACCCCGUGUGGAUGAAGGGGUGGGAUUGGAGCCUGUGGAGGCCGAGGCUAGCUCCAAGAGUGAGCUCAGCUCCACAUGCCCGACUGCCAAGUCUGAGUGCGCUGCCGAGAGUGGGAGCACCACGCGAGAGGACGUCAGCGGUGAUGGUGUCCCUGUGGAGGACGGAGUGGGCUCGAGUGUUGGGGGUGGAGCUGCUACACUUGCCGUCACUCUGGGGGACGGGGCGGUGGAAGAAGGGGUAGGUUCCAGUAGCGAGAACGGGACUGCCCUGGCUGCGGAGGAAGGGUUGGCGUCUGCCGUCGCUGAGACGGGGAGCCAGUCUGAUGCACAAGGCAGCCCUGCAUGCCCAGCUGAGGAAGGAAGCGGGAGCUCAGAGGCAAGUCCCCUGCCCGCUGAUUGGGAGGCAGCAGAGCCUGACCUCGGAGGCCAAACCCAACAGCAUCCAAAGAGGAAACGCGCUGACUCCAGUGGGCAGAAACUGGAAGCGUCCAUGGUCAAACUGAGCCCCAAAACCAGCCCCUGGGUGGCUGAGCAAACCAUAACAAACAAUGUGCCUGCACACGACAAGGGCAGUGCAGAAGCUUCCCCGUGUUAUGAGCCAAAAUCUUCGACCCUGGAGGUUGAGACCACCCUGGAUGGUAGGCCUCCUGUCACAAAAGGGAAGUUGGACAUUCUGGGAAGUGAUGAGCACGGUCCAGAUGUCUGUUUAACUGCAGUCAAUGGACAAAAGCAAGAGUCUGUCGAUCUAGACACACCACCAGUUCCAAAAAGAAUGAAGCGAGCCCCGGACACGGAGACGCAAAGUGUGGAUGUCAUCGAGUUGAUGGAGUCUGAUGAAGGGCUGGAGGAGUCACUGAUGGACUGUGCCGAGUCUGCCGUGCCUGUCAAAUCUCUGCUGCCUGCUGUUGAUUCAACCCGUGCAGAUUCCCCCCUGGUCAGUGUGGUCACCAGCUCACAGCCCAGCCCUGUGAGACACACACGGGUAAAGGUGAAUGUGGCCACGCAGUGUGACCCGGAAGAAAUUAUUGUUCUCUCAGACUCUGACUGAGGUCCUGGAGGAAGGUGUUUACUGACUGGGCUCCUCCAUCACGAGGAGUGCUGCAAAUUGUCUUCAGAACAGGAGAAAGCUUGCACUGACGCUGUGGGGUACCUCCUCUUGCUCAGUCUCUCUCUGUCUCCCUCACUCUCUCUCCCCCUCUGCUCAUGUCCCUUGUAUCAAAUACAAGUGUCGCAAGAACAAAAAGAAACUGCAAGCAACAUUUCGUUUUUCAAAAAAGAUUUUGCCUUGUUUCGGGCGUGAGGAAGUUCCCGUCUGUGGGAAUAUCUGGAACUGGGUCAAAAACCAGGAAUGGGCUCUUUACCCACAUUGCUCACUCUCAUCAGCGGGAGGGAGGGAAUCUGUCCUGUUUUGAGGUGGAAGGUUGUUUUUUUUGAAAUUGAUGUAUAAAUGAAUCUGCCGUCUUUUGUUAGCAGUGCACUGUGCAAAGUGCAGGUGAUGCAUUUUCACACAGUAAAAGGUAAGCAUCACUUUUUAAAAGAAAAAUAUAUCUCUCUAUAUUUAAAAGAAAACUUGUGGACUGAUCAGUGCUGCACUUCAUCCUUUUGAAAACAUGGAUUAACCAGGAAACAUGGAAAUUAAAUUCUGAUCUGAGUUGUGAUGGUAAAA